AUAGAAUUUACUAAUCUACUCCGAGACAUCUAAAUCACCUAGAAUCUAGAUCUAGAUCUAGAAUCUAGAUUCUAGAUCUAGAUUAGAUCUACUACUAACUCUAACUUGUACUAGGCCUAACUACUGAUAGUUGAUAUUGAUUAUUGAUACAAACAAUGAUAGUAAUAAAAUAGUCUUGAUUUGAUCAUUUGAUGUCAUCAACAAUGAGAUCAACCACAAUGAUGCGUGAAAAUAAAAAAUGGUUUACAGUAAGCUUGUCUUAAAAAAACCUUUAAAGCUUGGUGGAAAGCAAGGGGUACUGCCCAACUCUGUUUUGAUGAAAUUGAAAUCAGUGCUGACAAACAAAAAAGACUCUAUCAUGCAGCAAAUAAUUGCCUGUGGUGCUGAUUUGGUUCCGAGUCAACCUGUUGUCCAAGAUCUUAAUACAGUUUCAAAACAAUUGGAAGGAAAGGGUUUUGAGAGUUGUAAAACUACAUCAGAUUCAGAUGUACAAACGGAUGAAAGCCUUUUACAGAGCUCAGAAACCUCUUUAGACUCUAGCCAUGAUUCAGAGAAACUUCUAAAGAAAGAUGAAAAACAAACUGAUGGUCAAGCGAAAAAAAGAACAAGGCCAAAUUACUUUGUUGCAGUACAGAUAACAGACCCUGAGAUUUACAAAGUGGCCAAGAAAGUGCAGUCAGAUGUUGCAGAUAAUUCUAAAGCAGAUAUAACGAAGGCAAUAAUUGGAACAGAAAAAUUUCAUAUAACACUAAUGGUGAUGCACCUUAAGAAUCUGGAAGAUGUUCAAUUAGCUUCCCAGACCUUGGAUAAUUGUGUACUUGAAAUUCAUGAAAAAAUUGAAGGCCAGCAAGUGACUCUAGAUUUUGAAGGUCUAUCAGCAUUUAAUGGAGGGCGUGUUCUAUUUGCCACAUUAAAAUCUACACAAGGGCUGCAACAUUUACAUGUAAUAUCAGGUGAAGUGCAUAGGCUGAUGGGGGAGAGUGGAAUCUUAUCAACAGAUCAGCGAGCCUUCAAUCCCCACUUGACACUUAUCAAGUUUGAUGGGCACAAGGGUAAAAAAUAUGGUGUGUCAAAACUGAAACCUGAAAUGUAUGAGCCAUACUGCCAGCAAGUAUUUGGGUCCCAACAUGUUAGCAGCUUACAGCUGUGUAGGAUGAAUGCUAAGCGUGAAGAUGGCUAUUACUUCGUUGAUCAUGAGGCUCACUUCAUCAAACAGGCAGAUUGAGUUCACUGAACCUGUGACAACAGCACAGGUUGUUCAUGGUUACAAUCAGCCAUUGUAUGUAAACAACUACAACGCAUUCUACUAAGGUGAUGCUGGUUGUAUUAGCUGGUUAAGAAGGAAUUGAAUCCUGUAGAAUAGAAAUGCCCGGUUAAAAAUAGAUGUGCCUUAAUAUUGUGACCUGGUGACACACUAACCCAAGCCUAUAAACUUGUUUGGCCUUAAUGUUGUACAUUAAUACAAGUAUGUUCAACAAGUAUAAUUUUAUAUUACUACAAUGUUUGAAGAUUACAUAAGGGAGUGGUGAUUUUGAGAUUGAACAGGAGUAUUUUUUAACCCUUAAUACAUUUAUAAAAUAAAGGAAAAAAAAUCCAUGGGAACUCGCUUUACUACUGAUGACGUAGCAUGGUAAAUCAUGAUGGUACAAAUAUUGAUCAACUUUGGCUCCCCAAAAAUGUAUUUUAAAAAAUCAUUGUUUAAAUAGGCAGGAGGAGGUUUAAGAUAACACAUUUAACAGGGACACAAAUUUAGUUUACAUUAAAAUGUAAGCAGAUAUAUGUUCUCACUGGUCUGCACGGGUAUUGUAUUUUCAAUACAAAUAAAGCCCUGCAUCAGCUCCUGUCAAAGACAAGAAAGUAAAGGUUGUGACCUCUUGGUUACUACACAGCCAGUGUAAUGUUUAACAUAUAAAAAUUAAUGUUGUAUUAAAUGGCAGCUCAACUUUCAAAGCAAGGAAGUAUUUCUUUAAUCAUGAAUGGCCAGAUUUCUCUCAGCUUCAGUACUGUUGUCAAAGAGACUUAUAGUGAGCAUCUGCAUGCGAGUUUUACUUUUAAACAAGACUCCUAUGAUAGAAAAGAUACAAUCACUAAGUUUUUUAACCUCCUGCUACUGCUUCCCACAUUUUGAGAUUUUAGAAAAUGAUUGAAAAAAGGGAGAUUAGGUUGAUAACAUCAGGUAAUAAUUACAUUAAUUUAAAAACUUAAAUUACUUACGAGACAGUUAUUUAAGAAACGUUGAAUCUUUGUUGUUCUUUCAUUUGUAUGGCAUGUAUGUAUCCUUUUUGUAAAUUUUACUUUUUCUGUACAGUUCAGCAGUUCUUGUUUUCUUUGCUCUAACUACUUUUUAGUAGAGAUUUGUGAACAGAACCAAACCAUCUUUUUUUCAGGUGCCCAUCAUAAUUUAUGGACAAUGGUGUCAAUUGACUUAUUGUUGAUCACCUUUAUAUUAAACUGUAUCAGUAAACUGUUUAAAAACAAAAACAUAAGACAAUGCAGUCUUUGUAAUGUGUAUUUAAUCUCAACAAAUGAACACACUUCAGUAAAAACAAACAUACUAUACAUACAAUUCAUUCAUGACCUUUACAAAACAUACUUAACAAGAAUUAAACAACCAAUCUAUAACUGACAUAUCUUCCAGCUGUUUCACUAGGCCUGAUAAUUUUCACCACCUGUGAAGUCCAAAAAAUAUUAGAUAUGAUAAUAAUCUGAUAAACACAUUACAAUAUAUGUAUAUAUAUAUAUAGGUAUCAUGCCCAUGCCUGACUACAUCAUUAAACAAGCAUUUUGGUGUAGAGUGAGAGGUGCUUUUGUUAUAGGGAUAAGCUAAAUGGCUGUGAAUUGUACUACUGUGAAUAUUCUAAAAAUGUGUCCAAUUUGUUGUAAAUAACAAAAUAGUGUGUUUUUAUGCAUUAUUUUUAUUUUUUUUUAAUAAAGACUCAAGUUAAAUUGUAAAUCAAAGCAUGCUUAUGAUGUUAUGAUGCAUUUUUAAAUCUUGGCAUUGUUUUUUAAGUAUGUGGUUUUAUAAGGUUUUUAGAUGUUUAUUAAAAAUAAAAUUAAAAUUAAA